AAGCCAAAACCCAAACCUCACAACUAUCUUCUUCCUCCUCUCUCUCUCUCUCUCUCUCUCUCUAACAUUCCUUUUUAUUCUGUUUCACUGUCUCCAACACCAACCAACCAACUACACGACCGGAAAAUGGUUUCAACCCCGGCGACCGAUUCCACCCCGGACCUCAACGUCGACAACCUCCGGGCCGUCCGGGUCCUCGGCCGGGGCGCCAUGGGCACCGUCUUCCUCGUCCACGACUCCUCUACCGACCCCUCCGGCUCCUCGCCCUUCGCCCUCAAGGUCCUCGACAAGUCCUCCGCCCUCAACAAGCCCGACGCCGACCGCCGCGCCCGCUGGGAGAUCUCCGUCCUCUCCCGCCUCUCCCCCGCCAACCACCCCCACCCCCACCGCCACCCUUUCCUCCCCCACCUCAUCGGGUCCUUCGAGACGGACGACCUCCUCGGGUGGGCCAUCCCCUACUGCCCCGGCGGCGACCUCAACGCCCUCCGCUACCACCAGACCGACCGCGUCUUCUCCCCCGCCGUCAUUAAGUUCUACCUCGCCGAGAUCGUCUGCGCCCUCGAGCACCUCCACGCCGACGGCAUCGCCUACCGCGACCUCAAGCCCGAGAACGUCCUCAUCCAGCAGUCCGGCCACGUCACCCUCACUGACUUCGACCUCUCCCGCCACUUCAACCUGAAGAAGGUGAGGUCGAUCCUCCUCCAAGCCCAUGACCCGAUACUCGAGCCGGAAUUGCCGACGAAGAAGCACCGGAAGAGCCUCACCCGCUUCAUCGCCGCCGCCGGAGACCCCAAGGUGCUCAACCUGAAGAAGGCGAAGUCGGCCCGGGUCAGCCCCGUGAGCCGGCGCCGCCCGAGCUUCGAUGACGGCGAGCGCUCCAACUCAUUCGUCGGGACCGAGGAGUACGUGGCGCCGGAGAUCGUCCGCGGGGACGGCCACGAGUUCGCCGUUGACUGGUGGGCACUCGGGGUCCUCGCCUACGAGAUGCUGUACGGCACGACCCCAUUCAAGGGGAAAAACCGGAAGGAAACGUUUCGAAACGUGCUCAUAAAACCCCCCGAGUUCAUCGGGAAACGGACGCCACUGACGGACCUCAUCGGACGGUUGCUUGACAAGGACCCUUACCGACGGCUGGGAUACCUCCGCGGCGCCGCCGAGAUCAAGGGGCACCCGUUCUUCAAUGGGGUCAAGUGGGACCUACUCACGGAAGUCGUACGGCCCCCGUUCAUCCCUUCACGGGAGGACGACGGCGUCGAGAAGUUAACGGCAGGCGGCGUCGACGUCAGGGAGUACUUCCAUCGACAGAGGCAGCCCCCGUCAAUGCCGCCGUCGCCGCUGCCAUCACCGUCGAGGAGAUUGCACCGGAGCCUGUCACUAACGGAGUUCUAAGCACACGUGGGGGUGCUGGCACGUGGGAGACUUAAAUUAAUUUACCCUUUCUCUCCCCGAACACUCUCUCUCAGUGUAAUGUAACUCCCUGUACAUAAAAUAAUUAUAGAACGUGAUAAAGUUAUGAAAAAGUUUAGGGGUUAAAAGUGAAAAAGAAACAUUUGUUCGUGCAGUCAUCAUGCAAAGUUUCUUUCCUUCUCUCUCUCUCU